ACAACGCAAUCAGUUUCGAUAGGGGUCGUGUUUUCAAAAGAAUCUUAUGAUCACAAUUGCCGAAAACGUAAUCUAGAGUAAUCCGGUUCUGCAGGUGGAUAGUGAAAGUAAAGCACAAUGGAGGAAAUACUGAACGACACCAUUCACAACGACGAGCUGGAGGUAAGUUUCAAAAAAUUCGAGAAAAAGUACAACGAAGAACUGUCCAGAGGCCCCGUUUCAACCACAACACAGUUCGAGUAUGCCUGGUGUAUGGUUCGGAGCGACUUCAAAAGCGACAUGAAAAGGGGAAUAUCACUGUUGGAGAAUCUGUUCGCAAGCCAUCCUGAAGGGCGGCGCGACUACCUCUACUAUCUGGCAAUUGGCCACACGCGACUGCAGGAGUAUUCGGAGGCGCUCAAGCACGCCCAAGCGUUCCUGGAGAUCGAACCGAACAACCAGCAGGUGAUCGCUCUGGAGGAGAUGGUCAAGAAGCGGAUGGAAAUCGAGGGCCUCAAAGGUGUCGCCAAAGCCACCGGUGCGGCACUGGUCGUCGGCGGUAUUCUGGGACUGGGGUUUGCGCUGUUCAAGAAAUGAAAAUCACAGUAAACUUUCGCGGUUGGCCGAAGGGUGACCGUGAAAGAUUACUUCUCCCGUUUGGCUGUAAUCAAAGCCCCGUUACAGGCAGCAUUCGCAAACUUUGGCCGGAGGCUCGAAAGAUUCAGUUUCUAUUUAGUCAUAAUUAAUGAUACGUUUUAGCGGAAGUCCUCUUGGAAGUCUAGGAAUUAAUUUAUAAACGGCAAAGGCUGCAUUGCACCAAAUGUGUCGAAAAAUGCAUAAGUUGCUCAUACAAGUAUGUUAAUAGGCUAUUCGAUAUCAGCAAAGGGCUUAGCAUCAUCUUCCGGUUCUGUUAAAAUCACGAAACGUAAACAGCACACACUCGUUCCCACGAAUUAAUGAUAGGGGUUUUAAUUUAUCUCUUGAUGCUUGGCUAUGGAUUUCACGCAGGGAAAUCAUUUUUUGAGGCACAGACGGUAGCACGGUUAUGGUCCAAGCGAUUCUCUUUGUGAGGUGUGCCUGAUUUACGAAGAACCGUUGUUCCCGUUCCGUUUCGUAGGCAGAUCCGUGGGGUGUAAGUGAAACAAAAGGCAGGAACAUGAUAGAGUGAUAUCGGUUUGUAAUAAAAUAUUCCAAAUAUAGAUGUAU